AAGUGUAUGUUACUAUUAUCACAUGAGCCGAGUUAUUGUGUUCACUCAAGCCAGUCUGUAAAUAUCAUUUGUUGGAGCUCAUGGAGGAAAACUUCAAAUCACUUGUUACUUUGAUGGAGUUACCAGCAUAGCUGAUUCCUUGUGUGUUAUAGUUUGUUUGUGUUGAUUGGUUUUCAGCCUGGUUCAUAGAGGUGGAUAAUAGGUGUAGAUACUAGGAUGUGGAUUUCAGGACAUCGUUUUAUGGAUGUAUGUAAAAAAUAGACAUCUGUGGACUUCACUGACUCUGUGUAUAAUGAGAUGUAAUCGGGAAAGGUCAGUGACUGAGUGUUAAAAUCACAGAUGGAGCUGGAUAAUUCGUUUGAACCGUCAUCGUCCGUACUAAGCAGAUUGCGCAGUCGGAUCAUGGCGAUAAGCUAUAAUUAUCACCAAUUCGGUAGACGAAGUACUGAAGAUGAAGAAGAUGAUGAUUCGCUGAAAAAAUCGUCUUCUAAAAAGGCUCCGUCAAAUUUGUGCUUCAAGCUGCUGGUGGUGAUCUUUAUAAUCAUCAUCCUCGGCCUCAUCGCGGGCAUCGUGUGGCAGCACUUCCACCUCAAGUCAGAGCUCGAGUGUAUGACGGAGAACUGUGUUAAAACGAGUUCCCUUAUCAUGACCAAGAUGAACCGGUCGGUCGACCCAUGCGUUGAUUUCUACGAGUACGCCUGUGGGGGGUGGGAGAAGAGUGCCUUUAUCCCCCCUGACAAGGGCAAAUACGGAGCCUUUGCCGAGGCAACCAAGAAAAACGAUGCCACGUUACAAAAGGUGCUUGAUGAAAAAGGACAUGUGUUUAAAGGCAAAAAUUCGACAGCGAUUAAGAAAGCAAAGAUGUACUACCAGGCAUGCAUGAACAAAACAGAGGUGAAGAAACAAGGAUUAACUCCAAUUCUGCAGUAUAUUAAAAAACUUGGUUCGUGGACGGUGACUUCAGACACUGUUUCUGGAACAUGGAAUGCUGCAUCAUGGGAUUUUAUUGAGGCACUUGUGCGGAUCCAUCAACAAAAUAAGAUGCCUUUCUUCAAGCUGAAGGUUGCACCUGACGACAAGAACAACAGCAAUAACAUUCUUAAAUUUGAACAAGAUGGUUUAACGCUUAUCGACCAUCAGGAGUAUCUAGGCAACAACAGCGAAAAGUUUCACAAGGCUUUCAUCAAGUUCGGGACAAAGUUUGGAAUGCUUCUAGGAGGAAACGAGUCUGUAGUCAGAUCCAAGAUGUCCGACAUAUACGAAUUUGAGAAAAAGCUGGCAGAGGUAUAUGUGUCGAAGGCUGAUCUUCAAGACCCGUUGAAAUAUUACAACAAAAUGAGUGUUGAAGAAUUUCAGAAACUUCUUGGAGGCAAAGAUGUGUUUGACUUGAAGAGAUAUCUAGAUAAAAUCUUUAAUGAUGAUGUUCUACUCACUGAAGAAGUUAUCAUCACUUCGCUAGACUACUUUAAAAAACUUGGAGGCAUUAUUAAAAAUGCCACCAGCGAGGUCAUCAACAACUACUUGGUGUGGAGUGUCAUACAGUACACUGCAGGCUAUCUGCCAGAUGAGUUUGUCGACGCCGCUCUCAUUCUUACCAAAGCGGAGAGCGGCACUUCCGCCGUGGCCCCCAGGUGGCAGCGCUGUGUCUACAAGACCAACUCGGCUCUCGGCUUCGCAACUAGCGCCCUCUUUGUUGAAGAGCGCUUCACUCCGGGCACCAGAGAAAAGGUUUCCGAGAUUCUGGACGAAAUAAAACACGCCUUUCUGAUGAACCUGCAUACCGUGACAUGGAUGGACGGCAAGACACAAGAGAAAGCCAUAGAGAAAGGCGAGGCCGUUGAGAAAAUGAUAGGCUACCCAGACUUUAUAAUGGACCCCGUAAAGCUGGACGAUCAUUACGUAAAUUUGACAAUACCUGAUGGGCAGUUUCUCCAAAGUUAUAUCAAUGCUUGUGUAUGGGGUUUCAAGAAGCAACUCGAAAAACAUGGAAAACCACCAGACCGCAAAAAGUGGGGAAUGAUGCCGUCUGAAGUAAAUGCGUACUAUUCGAUAUCCUGGAAUUAUAUAGUUGUUCCUGCAGGGAUUCUACAACAACCGUUUUUUGAGCCUACUUUCCCCCAAUUUGUAAAUUUUGGUGCCUUAGGAUUUGCAUUGAGUCAUGAAAUUACUCAUGGCUUUGAUGAGACAGGUAAAGAUUACGACAAAUACGGAAACAUGAAGAACUGGUGGAGCAAGGCGUCGGCAGACUCAUUCUCGGAGAAAGCCAAGUGUCUGGAAAACCAGUACAGUCAUUACGAGGUGGAUGGUGUCAAGCUGAAUGGCUUACAGACACUGGGAGAGAACAUAGCAGACAAUGGUGGUCUUAAGGCAGCAUUCACCGCCUACAAGAUGAACAAUCACGCUCAGAUGGAGAAGAAACUUCCCGCUAUUGGUCUCACUAAUGACCAGGUCUUCUUCGUUAGCUUCGCACAGGUUUGGUGCAGUUACUAUCGGCCAGCUUAUGCUAAACAGUCGGUGCUGGUCGAUCCCCACUCCAUAGCCGAGUUUAGGGUGAAAGGAACCAUUUCCAACUCUGCUGAAUUCUCCUCAGCGUACAAAUGUCCCAUGGAUUCGCCGAUGAACCCCAAGAAAAAAUGUCACAUCUGGUGAUGAAGGAGACCACUAGGAGAUUUAAUAUUUUAAUAUGUCUUGCUAAUAUAUCUCAACACUACCAUAGACUCUUAGGGGGCUUCCAUAAAGUAUAUAUCUCCCGGGGGGGUGGGGGGGGGGGGGGGAGGAUACACCAAUGAAUGCCAAGAAAAAAAUCUCACAUCUGUUGAUGAAGAAAACAAAGAGGAAAUUUAAUAUGUCUUGUAGGGUCUCCACGGGUACUCUUAGCAAGACUCGAAUCUGUUUACAGGACUUGAGUACCCUUGCACGGAACAGAAUAGGAUAGGAUAGGAUAACAUAUUAACGUGCCUAUAUCUAAUUAAGGUCCAAGCACCGUGCGAGGAAGAAGAAGAAGACGAAGAGAAGGAUUUUACGUGCACAUUCAGAGCAAGCUGUUGUAGCGCACGCCUAUACUGGGCACAGGGACCGGCCUUGGCCAGAUCUCUCGUCCAGGACAGGAAAGGUGGAGGGGGGGGGGGGGGGUAAGAGAAGGGAUGCCUGCACUGACAAGUGCAAGGGAGCACCAGCAGUCCAAAUGUUGGUGACAGGCGGGGUGUACAUAAUUUUGAAUGUCGCGUAGGAUUAUAUCCAAAGAGGAAGAGGUGCGCAUUUUCAUGGAGGAAAUUUGACACAAUUUUGAUGGUCGUUCUAAUUGAAAUAGUGAGGAGAGCAUUCUUAAUUAAUUAUAAUUUUUAACGUCAUUUUGUCAUAUGCUUGCAGCCAGUUACAUUAUGGGGCUAUAGGAAUGUGUGGAAUGCAUUACAAUGGCAUGAUUUGGCAUCCAUGUUCAGGGCUGGAAUUAAGAUGCAUAAUGCUAUUUUACUUUAUUCCAUAGUUUUAUUAUUAUCCAGUGUCGGGUACUCGGGUCCGGGUCGAGUUUGACCCUCGAGUCCAAUAGUUUUGGACUCAUGGAGACCCUAAUGUAUUGGUAAAAUAUCUCAAUACUCCUUUGGACGAAGUACAAAUGUAGAUUUGUUAGCAUAAAAUAAUCUGACUCAUUGUGUAAUUUCAGAGUCUCGGAAAUACUGAGCUCUGAUUAUUUCAUUAAUUUGAACAUCAGGGUUUGUUUGAGACGUUCUGGAGUACAAUAUUUUCUUGGAUAUAACAUAUAGGGGAACAAACCUUCAGGUGGACGUUAUAGUAUGACUCUUACAUUCCCAAAAAUGUACAUAUUUCAAAGUAGUAAUAAACAACACUUUUACGUGCUUCCAUAAAAAAACCAACUGUUCAAGUAUACCUGUCAUGGCACAACCUCCGAAUUUCUCAAUAAGACAGGGUUGGGUUUUUUUUUUAUAGAUAUAGGCAUUUUGCCUGUUUGCCAAUUCCCAACCAGCAUUAUAAUUGGGAAUAAAUAUUGUUUAAAACAUAUUUUAUAUUAAAAUUUUAGGCAUGAGGCCAAUGUGUGUAUUUUAACCUUUUAAUUAAUUUUACACUGGAGCUUGUUAGAAGAAACUAACAGAACUUAUUAAACUAUUUUGCCACACCUGGACAAAUAUAGAACAAAAACUAUCUAUGCAAUAGCCGUAUGCUGUCAAGUACUUCAGUGCUUUUGUAGCUAAAAAUGCUUGUGCAGGGAAUAUUUAGUUUUUAAAAUUUUGAUUAGCGACAAUUGGCGAUCAGUUGAAAAUUUAGUAGCAACUAGUAACUACUGUGUUAAUGUUUUAGAAUUUUGUAGUGAUCUCUGAACUUUGUGUAGCGAAACGUGACGCGAUACCGAAUAAAAUGUUCCCUGCUUGUAAUAGUUGUAUUGUACUAUUGUGAAGAGUGUAUGUAGAAGCAAUAAUUGAUUCCAAAGGUGUACAGGCUUCCAUUUUUGUCGGGCAGGCCAGUAUUUGCCCAAAUUAAACGGAUGGGUCAAAAACGGGAUAAUAACCAUAUUUAUUCAUAUUUGGAUUACUACUAAUUUAUAGGGUUCCAAAUGGAACUGCUAUGCCUCUUUAUGUCAAUUACAAUUAAUAUUGUGAAUAGAAUGAUGGGAAUUAAUGAUGAAAAGGUUUCAGGCCAGCUCAUUUGGCAAAAAUGUUUCCCAGCGUUAUUACCUGAAUGCGUAGAUUUGCUCCAGCACUGGAGGGGAAUGGAUUUGGGGGGGGGGGUGGGAGUUGAACACUUUCAUCCCGUCCCCUAAGCUUAUGAUUGAUUCGGAGUUAUUACUAAUGUAGAAAUCUUAUACUUGAAUCUCUUGUAAAUAUGUAUAUAUAUUUUUAGAAUGGUGUAUGGGUAAUAGUGGAUGUGGUACACAGUGCUAAAAAUAUUUUGUUUGACUUUUUUUUUUGUAAAUAUGUCCUUUUUUUCUCUUUGUCUUUUGUUUUCUGUAAAUACUUUUCUUGGUUUCAUUCAGGUAGUCAAAAUCAGAAGGGUAUAAGUUUCUUAAGAUGUCUUUAUAUUUGUUACUGUAUAACUAUUAUGGGCUACAAAAGAAAUGAUAAAUAACAUGGGUGUAAUGGUUAACAGUUUUGAGAAGAAAAAAAAGUAUUCUUUUUUAACACAUCUUGGUAUAAUUAAUUUUAUUUUGUUUCAUUGAGGCAAAACAGAUACUGAUGCUACAUCUUACAAAAAUGGUUGCGAUCGAUCCCCGUCAGUGGGCCCAUUGGGCUAUUUCUCGUUCCAUCCAGUUCUCCACAACUGGUGUAUCAAAGGGUGUGGUAUGUACUAUCCUAUCUGUGGGAUGGUGCAUAUAAAAGAUCCC